CCAAAUUUCAACAUGGCGACGAAGGAUGCAGACUUGGAAAAACCAAAAGACAUAAAGUUUGACGGUGUGGUGGUGGACAUCUGUUUCCAUCCCAGUAAGGAUGUGAUCGCAGCUGGAGACAUCGAUGGAGAAGUUUCACUACACUCCUACUCAGCUUCAAGAGAAAACAGUACACUGAUGUCAUUCAAGAACCACAAGAAAGCCUGUCGAGCCCUGAGGUUUUCUGCUAAUGGCGAGGAGCUGUACACAGCCUCCAAGGACAAGUCCAUACACGUUGUUGAUAUGAAUACAGGGGCACUAAAGCGCAAGUUAAAAAAGGCACACGAGUCUCCUAUAUACAGUAUGCUUGUAACAGGAGAAAACUUCCUAGCGACUGGGGAUGAUGACGGACAUCUUAAGGUGUGGGACUUGAGAACUAACAGGGCAGAAAUGGAGGUAAAACACAACGAGGAAUUCAUCAGCGACAUGGAGAUAGAUGAUCAACAUAAAAUUCUCAUCACAACCAGGAUAUAUAGGAAUCUGUCUGUCCAUGAACCUCCACGCCUAAAGGUAAGGAGGAAGAGGAUGGACAUACAGUCAGAACUAUUUGACUCAGAGCUUCUGUCAUUAGCACGCCUAAAGGAAAAGGAGAAGAUAGUAUGUGGGACUGGAGAAGGUGUUCUCAACAUUUUCAACUGGGGAGAAUGGGGAAAUAUCAGUGACCGUUUCCCUGGCCAUCCUAUGUCGGUAGACUGUAUGGUAGCUGUCACAGAUAACAUCUUAUGUACGGGCUCCAGUGAUGGUAUUGUCAGAGCUGUGAACAUUUUACCUAACCGAUUUCUUGGUGUGUUGGGGGACCAUGACGAAUUCCCAGUGGAGAAUCUUAGCUUGUCACAUGAUGGUAACCUGUUAGCGAGCUGUUCCCAUGACCAGACCAUUAAGUUUUGGAACACAAGUGACUUUCGGGACCUCUCUGUCAGCACAAAGAAAAGGGCAAAGAAAGGCAACAAACCAAACAAGCUUGGCUCCACAGCCAAAAAUGACUUUUUUGCUGAUCUUGCAGAUGAUAAUGCUGAUGAUGAAAAAGACACAGAUAAAAAUGAGGAUGAAAGUGAUGAAGGAGAUAGUGAUGAUGAUGAUGAUGAUGAUGAUGAUGUGGAAUAGGCAGAGCAUUAAAUAAUCUGUUUAUCAACUCAACACUUUUGUUUGUGUUACUUUCAUUUUGUAUUGUGUUCUUUCUCAUCAUUCCAUUCCAUUGUUUGAUCUUAUAUGACAGUGCAAGGGAAGGACUUUUUGUAUUGACAAUAUCAACAGUUACUUCCCUUUAUGAAAACUCUUGUUAUCUAGAAGUCAAGGUUGUGGAGAAGUGUGAAAAUAAAAUUGCUGGA